CACAUAUUGACAUUUUACGUUUUUGUCACUUUUAACGUCAUUCUAAGUUUACACCCCUUUUAUUUUUAAUUUUAUUUUGUAAUUAAUGUCUCGAGAUCCGGAAAACCCCGAUGCCGGAAAUCCUCCCCCUCCUCCGCCCCCAAUGCCCGGUUUUGGGCGCGGCCCAGGCCGCAUGGGCUACCGAAGACUCGAAGAAGACGACGAGUUGUUAAUCCCCCGCCCUAGCAUCCUCCUCCCCCACCUCCAAGACUCCGAAAAGCGCUUUUUCGAACUCGUUCACUCCGGUGAUGUCGCCGCUGUUAACGAAUUCCUCAGCGAAAAUCCCGGUUUUAACAUUAAUUGCGUCAAUUUCCAAGGCGUCUCGGGUCUACUAAUCGCGGUUCAGAGCCGCUCCGAGCCCAUGGUGGAGUUCCUCCUCUCCCAACAAGACAUCGAUAUCGGUGAUUGCGUCCUGCACGCAAUUAGGGAUAACCAGCCCAAAAUCCUGGAACUCCUAUUGGAGAAGCAGCGGAAUACGGCCCCCAGUUUGGAGUACGUGGGGGUGACCCACAGCUCCGACUUCCCCGACUACGUGACCCCCCUCAUCCUCGCGGCGCAAUGCGGCCAUUAUGAAAUCAUCGAGUUGUUGAUCGACAGGGGGCACACCAUCGGGAAGCCCCACUCGCCCUCCUGCCGCUGCAUGGACUGCAAGGCCCAACUUGAGCGCGACGACCUUCUCCACGCUGAACACUUGCGGUUAAAUCUCUACAAAUCUGUAUGCAAUCCGGCCUAUAUAUGUCACUCCUCGAGGGACCCCAUCCUCACUAGUUUCCAGCUAUCGGCCGAAUUGCGCCAGUGCUCGUUUCUAGUCCCCGAAUUCCGCAACAACUACCUCGAGCUCGCCACCGAAGUGAGCAACUUCGCCGUGGAACUCAUCGCCGGCUGCAGAAACUCAGGCGAGGUUGAAACCAUCCUCAAACAGAAAGCUGGGAUCCAGAACGCAAGCAUCUUCAUGUACCCAAGACUGGUGCUCGCGAUGGACUACAAGCAGAAGUUCUUUGUGGCGCAUGCCCACAUCCAGCACAUUGUGGAGUCCCUCUGGAGAGGCAACUGGUACGACUAUAACCUUAAACCGAUCCCGGCGAAGAUCGUUUACCCCAUUUUCCGGAUUUUGCUACUGCCCAUCAUAGUUGUGAUGUGCAUUUUCAUGCCACGACACCAAAUGGUGGAACAUUGGAACAUCCCCCUCAACCGGAUGAUCAACCACGUCGCGGCUUUUCUCGUCUUCUUGGUGCUUAUUUUCCUGGAGUCGAACCAGUCCAAGGAGAAGCAGAAACGCUUGCCCCCCAAUUCGGGACUCGAACCCGUGAUUAUCAUCUUCGUGGUGGGGAACUGUUGGAGUGUGGUGCGGAUGUGUCUCAUUCAGGGCCCCCGGAGGUACUUUACGUACCUCUGGAACUGGCAUGCGGUCAUCUCCAACACUUUAUUCAUCCUCACAUUCGUUUUUUGGUUGGCUUCGUACGUCGACGCUGUGAACAACGACCAAGUGGACUUGGAGCGGAAAUAUUGGCACCACUUGGACCCGGUUUUGAUAGCGGAGGGGACUUUUGCCGUCGCCGUCGUCAUGACCUAUUUCAAGUUGAUGUUUUACUGCCGAUUGAACUACUAUUUAGGCCCCUUGCAAAUCUCUUUAGGUAAAAUGUGCACCGACAUGGCCAAAUACAUCACAAUCUUCAUCAUCAUCAUCAUUUCGUUCACGGCCGGCUUGUGUCGCUUCUACAACUACUACGAUGGAAUGGUCCAAGUGGACUCGAACGGGAUCAAGACGGCUCAAGUCUCCUCAUUCAUCGACUUUAGCACCACGUUGAAGACCUUCUUCUGGGCGGUUUUCUGCAUGGCGCCGCUUGAAACCGGCGAUGUGAUUAUUGAGAACCUCCCUGGGGAUACCGAAAACACGACCAUCAUCAACAAGCACCUCUUCACUGAAGCAGUGGGCUACAUCGCGUUCGCUCUUUUCGAAGUACUGACAGUUGUGAUGAUCCUCAACAUGUUGAUUGCGACAAUGUCGUCGACGUUUCAACGCGUUUUGGACAACAUCGACGUUGAAUGGACGUUUGGGAAAACCGAUUUUUAUUUAGAAUAUAUGCUACAAUCCACACUUCCGCCCCCGUUGAAUUUGAUACCAACUCCUAGCGGAAUUUCGGCGUUUAUGGAGUGGUUUCAGUCGCCCAAAGUCGACCCGAGAGAAGAAGAAAAGAAAAAUGAUUAUCCUGCGCUUAUGUCGCAGUUGGUGCAGAGAUAUUUCAGAGACAAAGAUUCGGCUACGAGUCCUGAAAACGAUUUAGAGUUUCUUAAACAGGAAAUCGCCGAAAUUAAGCAAGCAGUUAACGACUUAUUAGAAAAGGAGUAAUUUUUUUAUAAAAAAUAAAA